AUGGCGAGGAAGAAGAAAGCAAUACUGAAUAUUUCUACGACGAAAGUUGCAGCGAAGUCUCCCUCAGUAAGUUCUCACACUUCAGGCACCAGUACUACUCAAAAUGAUGCCCAAAAUGCAAACCCAGAUGCUCUGGUUUUUGACUCAGAUGGCGAGGAGCUGAUGCAUUCUCCUCUAGUCCACCCUUCGGCUGGUAUGAUUCCACGCAAACUUCAUGAUACUAUUUUGUUAUUGGAUCAGAAUUUGGGGGUUGGUCGUAAUAAUACUGUGGGUGGAACUAACCCUCAGGGGAAUGGAGAAUCUGUUGAUAUUGGGGAUAUUGGGGGAAAUAACACUGAACCUGGGGUAGUUGAACCUCCGAUUGUUAAAGAACCAUGGAAAAGUCUGUUCACUGGAUCUAAAAUGGCUUCAAAAGGGGCGUCCCUAUCAUUUGUUACACCUGUGCUGCAGGAUGGGAAGAAAAUUGCUCAAUUGCAGGAGGAUGAAAUGAAUGAACUCACUGAGAAAUGGAAAUCAUCUAUGGUGAUGUAUGUGGUAGGGGAUUCCCCUACUAUAGCUUCUGUGAAAAGAUAUAUGGAAGGGAUGUGGAAUUCUGUUGCUCAGCCUCAAGUGUUUUACCAUGAUGAUGGUUACUUCAUCAUCAAGUUUGUGAACAUGAAGGACAGAAACCAGAUUAUUGCAGGAGGACCUUAUACAUUUUAUGGGAAACCAGUUAUCAUUAAACCCUGGACAGCAAACUUUAAUUUCUAUGAAGAAGUACUUAGGGUUAUACCUUUGUGGGUGAGAUUUCCUAAUCUGCCACUCAAUUGUUGGGGGUGUGAUUCACUAAGCAGGAUUGGUAGUCUGUUAGGGGUGCCACUCUUUGCUGAUGAAUGCACUACUAGGCAAGAUAGAGUAUCUUUUGCUCGAGUGUUGAUAGAAAUGGAUAUCACUAGCCCAUUGCCUGAUUGUGUCUGGAUAGAGGAUUCAAAGGGUGGGAUGUUCAAGCAAGCUGUUACUUAUGACUGGUUGCCACAAUAUUGUAAAGUUUGCUGUACUGCAGGCCAUGAUUGUACUAAAAAGACUAAACCACCAGUACCAAAACCUGUAGCCAAAAAGGUGUGGGUUCCUAAAGCUGUCCAACAAGCUCAUCCAAUGUCAGAACAACAGGAGCAACCUAAUGCUGUGCACACUCCUGAGAUGCCUGUUAACAAUGUUUCUGAUCCUACUCCAUGGAAAAUUGUGACAAGACGGACUAAGGGAUUGUCUAGAAUGAGGACUUUGAGCCCUAGCAAUCCAUUUACUGUGUUACCUGCAGAAUUGGGUUUCAAAGAAUUAACAGGAGGUGAUAUGGAGAUGCAAAAUACUACUGAACCCCCUGAUGAAGAAGAAACUAGAGUUAAGGAAAGCAAUUUCUCUAGAGUAGUCAAUAAGUUUGGGAGAAAUUGGAAAUGGGAAAAUAAUUACACUGCAAACCCCAGAGGUAGAAUUUGGGUAGGCUGGCUUUAUCAAGAAGUUGAUAUCCAUGUGUUACAGGUGCAUGAACAAUUUAUUCACUGUGAAAUUAGGGAUAGGUAUGGAGUGGUGGAAUUGUAUGUUACUCUGGUGUAUGGUCUUCACUCCAUUGACACUAGGAAGAAUUUGUGGAACUCUCUUACUACUCUUGCCUCAAGUGUAGGUAGUUGUCCUUGGGUCAUUACUGGUGAUUUUAAUUCUCCCCUGUUUGCUGAUGAUAGAAUCAAUGGUACUCCUGUUUCAGCAACAGAAACCAAGGAUUUUGAUGAGUUUAUUACAAGUAAUGGGCUGUGUCCUGUAAAGAGUGUAGGACAUUAUUUCUCUUGGCACAAAGGCACUGGUGAAGGUAAAAUUGCUAGCAGGAUUGAUUGGUGUUUGGGAAAUGAUGAAUGGAUUCAUAAAUUCAGUAAUGUUCAGGUUGAAUACCUAAACCCUUCCAUCUCUGACCACUCCCCUUUACUGAUAAACUGUCUGCCAGACAAGGUGGAGGGAGGUAGACCUUUCAGAUUUCUCAAUUAUUUGGCUGAUCAUAGUAGUUUUUCUGCUAUUAUUCAGGCGGCUUUUACUGAAGUAUACCAUGGCACUCCUAUGUUUAAGCUCUGGUGUAAGCUGAAAAAAGUCAAGGCUGAACUCAAGAAGUUACAUAGAGAAGACUUCUCUGGUAUUACUGAGAAGAUUACCAUUGCUAGAAGUGAGCUUGAUAAGGUUCAACAGAGUUUGCAAACUGGUAGAUCUCCUGCUCUUCUCAACCAAGAGGUGGUUUGCAUUAAACAGCUUAGGCAUUGGCUGAGAAUUGAUGAGAUAGCAUUGAGACAAAAAUCUAGGAUCCAAUGGCUAAAACUAGGUGAUUCUAACAACCACUUUUUCUUUUCCACUGUGAAAGAAAGAGUUAGAUUCAAUAGCAUUGCCAUCCUAUAUGAUGAUAAUGGCACUAAAUUGGUUGAUCCUGAUCUAAUUCAAACAGAAAUUCUGAGUUUCUACAAAAAGCUGCUUGUCACUUCUGCAAACACUCUUCCCUCUAUUCACAUUCCAACAGUGAGAAAUGGCUCUAGGCUAAAUAAUGAUGCUAGACAGGAUCUGUGCAGGGAUGUUACUGAUGAUGAGAUUGAUUUGGCAUUACAUGGGAUUGGCAAUGAUAAGGCUCCUGGUCCAGAUGGUUUAAAUGCAGUCUUUUUCAAAAAGGCUUGGCCUGUCAUCAAACAGGAUAUUUAUAGAGCAGUGAAGGAUGUGUUUGUUACCAAUUUCAUGCUUCCCCAGUACAACUGUACAUCUAUUACUCUCAUUCCAAAAGUUCCUAAUCCUACAAGAGUUAAAGAGUACAGACCAAUUGCAUGCUGUAAUGUGGUGUACAAAAUUGUUUCAAAAAUUCUAACUACAAGAAUGCAAGGGGUGAUUGGACAGGUUGUUAGUGAAUGUCAAUCUGGGUUUAUUCCUGAGAGGCAAAUUUCUGACAAUAUUCUGCUUGCUACUGAGCUCAUUAAGGGCUACAACUGA